AUGCCCCAUGAAGGGCAGCUUGGCAGGAACAGGUCGGCAAGAAUGCCCCACGAAGGGCAGGUUGGCAGGAACGGGUUAGCAAGAAUGCCCCACAAAGGGCAGGUCGAUAGGAACAAGUCAGCAAGAAUAGGUCAGAAAGAAUGCCCCAUGAAGGGUAGGUUGGCAGGAAUAGAUUGGCAAGAAGAGGUCGGCAGAAACAAGUCAGCAAGAAUUCCCCACGAAGGGUUUGGAUUGAAGGAGGCAAAAGAACUGGUUGAAAAGGUUCCUACAUUGGUGAAACAAGGUAUCACCAAGGAGGAAGCUAAUGACGUAAUAGAGAAGAUCAAGGCUGCUGGUGGAGUUGUAGUAAUGGAGUAA